AUGCGUCUUCUCCUUCUCGUGGUUUUCCCAGCUCUUCUGGGCGCGUUGAGUGUGAUCAACGUUCUUCCAAGAAGAAACUUCCUACCGGAAAGCGUUUUCCAAAAGCUUGCCUCCGAUGAUCCACCAGAUAUGACACAAGACCUGACCACUUUCAAGGAAUUCGUUCCAUUCUAUGUGAAUCUCUUCAAAGAGGCAAUCACGAAAAAAACUAGAGAAAACUUUCUGGCUCAUAUGAACUACGUGGACAAGGAGAUGUUGUUCCAUGAGUGCCACGCGGUACAGUACGAGAACUACGGCGCCUACGCCAACUGGUUCCAACAAUUCGUGACCUACCAUGAUGACCCAAUUGUGGAGAUCACAUCUCAACGUCAAACUGGAAAUGAUCAAGGAGAGAUGAUUCUGAAUGUCGACGUCCAGGCACAAUUCAAGUAUCGUCAGAACUUCGAUAUGAAAGUCGCCGCGUUGAAUGACAAGAAACUCGGAUGGAAAGUGCUCAUUGUGGAUCGCACACUUGGAUGUCGUUAA